GAACGUUUGUCUGAGGAAGGUCGCCGAGCAACAGCGAAAAUUAAGCUACUAAGGUGUAUUUAUGAUUAAUUUGUGAACACAUGUGAGGAGGACGCUGUUAAACUACACAAGAAAUAUAUUUAAUCAAAGGAAAGUGGUGGAAAUGUUCUUUAAACAGGGUCUUAAUAUAAACAAGCCACGCCUACUUUUGCAUCCUCGCUUGACGUAGCUUGCCGUUCCUGAGGCAGAAUCAGCAGUGAGCAUCAUCAUCAUCAUCACACCGAGCGCAGGUGCAUUGGUCCCCAGCACUCCUCUCCUCUUCUCUCUGCUGGAGAGGAUGAGACGAUGGCUCGCAGGAGAGAUGAAGAUGAUGAUGAUUACGGACACAAGCUGAGAGAGGAAGAGGAGGAUGCGCGCCCCGUUAUGGACAGCGAGGAUGAGGACGAUCUGUCCCUGGACGAGAUUUUACAUCUCUACAAGCAGCCCAUCAACGAGGAGCAGGCGUGGGCUGUGUGUUACCAGUGCUGUCGCUCUUUUCGGGAGGAUUCGCAGGGGUCCAGCGGCUCUGCUGCUUCCGGAGGAGCGGAACACGUGAGGAUCUAUAAAGACGGAUCGGUGCGGUUUCAUUCCGGAGACAGAUCAGGUGUGCGUAACCCCAGCCGAUCCUCCACACAGGCGAUCGAGUCUCUGGGCAUCAUGAUCUAUAAGGCUCUGGAUUACGGGCUGAAGGAGAACGAGGAGCGAGAGCUGAGUCUGCCGCUCGAGCAGCUCAUCGACCUCAUGACCAACGUGGCCAACGCAGAGAGCGAUGAAGGCUACGACGCCACUGAGGAAGACGAGGAUGACCGGGAGCGGGAUCCCGCCCACCCCUGCCGUAUCCGCGGCUACCGUGACAUCAUCAAGCUGUGUGCCCUUCACCUGCCCGCGCCGGCAGACGCGCCCAAUCACUACCAGGCCGUGUGUCGAGCUCUGUACGCCGAGACCAAAGAGCUCCGCACCUUCCUGGAGAAGAUCCAGAGCGCCAAAGAGAACCUGCGUAAGAUGGAGGGGGACGCCGUUGACGAACCUGGCAGAGAGCUAAACGAGCUGCAGAAUGCUGAUUGGGCGUGGCUCUGGGUGCAGGUGAUGCGAGAUCUGAGGAACGGCGUGAAGCUGAAGAAGGUACAGGAGCGGGAGUAUAACCCGCUGCCGAUCGAGUUCCAGCUCACGCCGUACGAGAUGCUCAUGGACGACAUCCGCUCCAAACGCUACAAGCUACGCAAGGUCAUGGUGAAUGGAGAUAUUCCUCCCAGGUUAAAGAAGAGCGCUCACGAGGUCAUACUGGAGUUUAUCAGGUCCAGACCCCCCCUUAACCCCGUGGCGGCGCGUAAACUCAAACCGCAGGCCGAACGUCCUCCCAGCCUGCACGAGCGCAUUCUGGAGGAGAUCAAAUCCGAGAGGAAGCUGAGGCCCGUGUCGCCCGAUAUGAUCCGCAGGAGUCGAUUUGCCAUUCGGCCUCUUAGCAUGUCUCAGAGUUUUGAUUCAUCAGGUAAAGCCUCGUAUGGGGCGCUGUCGUUGGCCAAUGGCGUGUCGCUUCAGCAGAACGGCUCCGGCGGCUUUCAGAGGAAGAGGCUUCAAGCACCGACUCUGGCUGAACUGGACAGCUCUGAUUCAGACGACGAGACCUUAGGUCAAAGGUCAGCCAGCUGCUCUAGCAUCUCCACAUCCAUGGUGGACGACACGUCGCCAGAAUCCGUCCUGAGCAAGAAAACUCGGCCCAUGUUCCUGCCCAUCUCGUCCACGCCGCAGCCGGAGAGACGUCAGCACGCCCAGCGCCGGCACUCCAUCGAGAAGGAAACACCCACCAGUGUGCGUCACUUCCUGCCGCCCUCCAGACACAGCUCAAAAUCCUUAGAGGAGUUUUGUUUCCCGGUGGAGUGUCUGUCUCUGACGGUGGAGGAAGUGAUGCACAUUCGGCAGGUUUUGGUCAAAGCUGAACUGGAGAAGUUUCAGCAGUACAAAGACAUUUACAAUGCCAUGAAGAAGGGGAAGCUGUGCUUCUGCUGCCGGACGAAGCGGUUUUCCUUCUUCACCUGGUCCUACACCUGUCAGUUUUGUAAAAGGCCUGUGUGUUCACAAUGCUGUAAAAAAAUGCGCCUCCCAUCAAAGCCUUAUGGCAGUCUCCCCAUUUACUCUCUGGGUCCGUCCACGUCCACCCUGAAACGGGACACAGCCGGUCACAAGCCAGAGAAGCCCAGCGGGAGCCACCAUCGACCCAGCCUACAGCGCACCUUAUCUAAGCACACGCGUCAGUCGUCCUCGUCUCAGGAGGACAUGGAGCUCCCGAAAGAGCUGGUGGAAGACUGGAACACCAUGGAGGUUUGCGUCGACUGCAAGAAGUUCAUCUCCGACAUCAUCGCCUCCAGCAAGCACAGCCUGUCUCUGGCCAACAAGAGAGCGCGCUUGAAACGCAAGACUCAGUCCUUCAUCGUGGCGUCGGAGACGGGCGCAGAAUACCGGCCUUCGGAGAGAACUAUCAAUGAGGUGUAG